CAUCGCCUAUCAAUUUUACGUGGUGUUUGCAGUAGAGUGACAAGCAAUAAUUUAUUUUCACGCAUUUUUUUCUCCAAAAACUAAAUGAAUUAAAGUUUUAUUAUUCAGUGAUUUGGUGGCCGCAGAUAAAAACAUGUGGCAAAAAAUGCAAUUAAAACGGUCCAAAGACAUUUAUUUAUCGUUUGCAUUGAUUUUGUUCACAAUUUUCAAUGUAUUAUCGCUAGGUGAAUGCUUGUACGAAGACCAAGUUGGAAAAUUUGAUUGGAAUCGACGAUAUGUUGGUAAAGUUAUUGGUGGUUUUUACGAUGAAAUUUUGGGCCAUUUAUUGGUUGGUACUGAAGAAAACGUGAUUGCUUCAUUGAAUAUUGAUAACGGUGAUAUUAUAUGGCGUCGUGUACUCGAAAAAAAUGACCGUGGUUCCAUUCAAUUUGUAUCGAUUUUAUACGAAGACUUUUCCCCACCGAGUAAUGGUCGCCGGAUAACCGGACCGGAGGAGGAUAAAGAUCGAUGGAUGGUCGCUGUGACGGGCACAAGUUAUAUUUUAGUACGUGUUUGGAAUACACGAACCGGUAAUUUGGGACGGGAAUGGAGUCUUACACCAGAACAACCAGCUGAUGAGGAUUCACAUUGGUUUGUUGUUAAUUCCAAAAUUUAUCAUGUUCGUCCAACGUGGAAGAAAUCCAGCAUUGAAGUCACCGGAUACAAUUUGAAGACCGGAUUUUUGGAAGUCUCAGAACCGAUGAUUUUAAUCGAAACAAAUCGCAAGGAAGACUGCGUUUUUGUUGAUUCAUUUAUGGUUUGUGUGUAUGGCGAUGAAAUUGCUGUCACCGAAUUGAUCAAUUUUCAGAAGAAAGUACUCGUUAAGUCAAAGACAUUACCGAUUGUCGUUCCGGGUUUCGAAGCGGCUGUACAAAUUGACGACAAAAUCUACAAUUUGAAAACAGAUGCUGUACUGCCGGGUGGUAAAGGAACAAUUAAAUUCUUCACCAAAAAUCGCAGCUCAUAUGGACCACUUUUGGUUGAUGCAUCCAUCCAGGAUUCGAAUAUCAACGUAAAGGUAACAAAUGCCGAGAAUGCCGAAUCGUUGUUGUCAUUUUCUGCCAACUAUCCAGCCCACUUGGACAAUCCACGUAUCAUUGAUACUAUUUGUAAGGAAAACAAAAAAGGAGACUUUGUGUGUCGUUUCAUUCUUGCCACUGACAACGCUGCCAUCGUUCUAAUUCAAUCGGGCAAAGUCAAGUGGAUCCGCGAAGAAUCAAUGUCCGACAUUGCUGCCAUAGAGAUGAUCGAUCUACCGUUGGCCGACAGCGAAGGUGCCAUUGAAAAACAAUUGAAGAGUGACAAUGACGAGAAGGCCGUCGAUUGGGAUAUUGUGGGCAAUUUCAUUCAGCGCGUCACCACUCAACUUAAUCAUGUACAUCAUGUGCUACGCAAUGUAUUCGAUGUUAUGAAAUUGUAUCAAAUCGAUCCAGUCACCGAGAAAGGCGAAUUGACUCGUGAUGCGUUCGGUUUACACACAAUCAUCGUUGCUGUUACCAACAAAGGAAAGUUAUUUGGCAUUGACAAUAUUUCGGGAAAACAACACUAUGCGACAAAUCUACCAAAUUUUGUUGAAUUUGCCAAUGGUCAACCCAUGAAAAUUGUCGUACAAAGAACAUCAAAACAUUUUCCAUAUCCAGCCCGAUGCACCAUUUUGGGCAGACACAAAGUCACCGGUAACGGAAUGCUCUAUCAGUUUAAUCCAAUCGAUGGUAGUCCAAUCAACGGCGGAAUCAUUGAGUUGAGCUAUCAAAUUCGUCAAGUGGCUGUAUUGCAACCGGGUGCCGAUUUCUUGCGUGGAAUAUUAUUACUCGACAAUUCCAAUAAUGUGCAUGUGUUCCCAGAAAGCGCUGCUGAGACUGCACACGGAACCUAUAUUUACGUAUCUGAUGCAAACAGUGGUAUUGUGACCGGUUACAAUAUCGUUUUGAAGGAUAAACGUUUGGAGACGACGGAAACAUGGCGCAUUAAUCUCGGUGGAAUGGAACGAUCUCAGAAAAUCAUACAAAUUGCUUCGAAAAAUCCCAUUGAACAUGUCCAUUCACAGGGUCGCGUACUUGCCGAUAGAUCGGUUUUGUAUAAGUACAUAAAUCCAAAUCUAGUCGCCAUUAUCACACAAGGAAAUGACAGUUUGUACAAAUAUGUUGUAAAUGUUCAUUUGGUCGAUGUUGUAUCCGGUGGAAUCGUAACUACAAUCACACAUCGUCGCAUUAAGGGUCCAGUUAAUAUCGUACAUUCCGAAAAUUGGCUCGUCUACACAUAUUAUAACGAUAAACUUCGACGCACUGAAUUGACUACCAUUGAGCUAUACGAAGGAAAUACACAGGCCAACAAAACGGUUUGGACAUCGUUCGGAACGCCGCCAUUGCCAAUAGUUGAGCAACAAGCUUACAUCAUUCCAGCGACCAUUGUUUCGAUGAAAGAAACCAUCACCGAAAAGGGAAUCACCAACAAACAUGUGUUGAUGGGAUUGUCAUCGGGAGCAAUACUCGAAAUGCCAUGGCAUCUUUUAGAUCCACGUCGACCAAUACUGAAUACGAAUCAACCGCGUGAAGAGGGAACAAUUCCGUAUAUUCCAGAGUUACCGUUGUCAAGUGAAAGUGUAAUCAAUUACAAUCAGUCAGUGGCACGAAUCAAGGGCAUCUACACUGCUCCCAGUGGUUUGGAGAGUACAAGUUUAGUCGUUGCCUAUGGCUUAGAUUUCUUCUCUGUGAGAAUAUCGCCGUCGAGAACAUUUGAUCUUCUGAAAGAAGACUUUGACUAUUUAACACUAACCAGUGUGUUGAUCGGAUUGACAGCAGCUUCCUUCAUCGUCAAACACAUGUCAGCUAAGAAAACACUCAAGCAAGCAUGGAAAUAAUUCGUCACAUCAAAUAUGUUACCGAACGCACAUUGUUGUGUGUUUUCAAUAGAGUAAAAGUUUCAUAAAAAUUAUAAUUUAAUUCGAUCAUUUCGUAUUUAUCAAAUCGAAAUUUUUAAUUUAAUUAGAGAGAAAUAAGGCGGAUCAUGAAGAGUGCAUGUUUACCAGUUUGAUUUGUUUUAAAACGAUCUUCAUUUGUGAAUGAUGAGUAUUAAAAGCCAACCAGAAUAAAUUCAAGAGAAUAAAUGAAACGAACCAUGUUUUCGAUGGAAA